UAUCUAAGCAUUUCAUUGUUUUCCUUUUUGUGUGAUUUAAAAGUCAAAUUUCCAUUGUAAAGUUUUUGAAAAUUGUUUUAGAAUACAUACGAUGUUUGUUCGGCAAUAUGUUCACAAUUUAACGUCUUGCGGUCGAAUAAAUAUUCGUAAGCUAAACUCUAGUUUUACUGUAGCGAAAUUCAACCAAGCAGGAAAGAGAUGUCUAUCUGCCCAGGCAGCCCGACCGGCCACAAAGAGCCGCGAGACCAAGCUAGUGCAGCAACUGAAAAGUCGCAUAUCUGCUGCUGGCCCUAUUACUGUUGCAGAGUACAUGAAGGAGGUCGGAAUCAACCCUAUGUCGGGUUACUACAUGCACAGGGAUGUCAUUGGAAGCUCUGGAGUGAUCACUUCACCACGAAUUUCACAGCUGUUUGGUGAUGUGCUUGCAGAAUGGUGCUUGAAUGAGUGGGUGAAGGCUGGAAAACCCAAGCCUUGGUACAUAGUAGAAGUAGGCCCCAACAGGGGUGCACUGUCAGACGAACUGUUAAGGGUUUUCUCCCAAAACGAUCUGGCUCGUGAGGUGGUAUCGUUGCACUUGGUGGAGGUAAGCCCCCAUCUCAGUCAGCUACAAGAACUGAAGCUGUGUGGCACUGUCUCUGUGGUAAAAGAUGUGAUGGAAGAAGAUGACUCGAGGCGACACCUCCAUCUACGCACUGGCCAUGAAGGAGAAGAGCUGAUGUACAAGCACAAUAUCACCAAACAUGGGGUUCCAGUCUCCUGGUACAGGAAUCUUGAGGAUGUUCCUGAAGGAUUCUCCUGCGUUAUUGCCUAUGAGCUGCUGGACUCUUUUCCUGUACACAAGCUGCAGAGAACUAGUGAGGGCUGGCGGGAGCUCCUGAUAGACAUAGAUGAUGGACCUGGAGAGCAUCAUCUACGUUACGUCCACUCUCGAGGGCCCACACCUGCCAGUCAGUUUUUCAUUGAUGCAGAUGAGUCACGCAGCACCCUCGAGGUGAGCCCAGAGAGUGGUGUUCUGGUACAAGAGGUUGCUGCCCGUAUUGAGAAGGAAGGAGGCUAUGCUCUCUUGGUAGACUAUGGACAUGAUGGUACUGGGACAGAUACUUUCCGAGCUUUCCGUCGACACGCUCUUCAUGACCCGCUCAGCGAACCUGGCACAGCUGAUUUGACUGCUGAUGUGGACUUUGCUUAUUUAAAGAAGAUGGUUCAUGGAAAAGCAUUGGCGUUUGGACCUGUGACUCAGCAAGAGUUUUUGUCAAAAAUGGACAUUAAAUCCAAAUUUGAGAAAAUGUUAGCCUCAACAGAGCAGCAAUUGCAUGGAGAGCUGAUAUCCAGCUAUGACAUGCUCCUUGGCCCUGAACACCUAGGAGAGAAGUUCAAAUAUUUAUCCUUGUUUCCUUUAGACAUGGCCGAAGAAUUGAGAAGAGACCCGCCCAAAGGUUUCCAGUGAAGUUCCGUUUUUGAUUCAAGUCUGGGUUUUGCAAAGUCAUACAAGCUGCGAGUAGUAGGAUAUGUAUGUAAUCGUGUAAAUGUUCAGUGAGAACUUUUGAAGAAUUUAUUUGCUUUUUCUAGUGAAAAUAUUUUUGUAACAUAGUGUAUAUAAAAAUCAGAUUUCCUAUGGUAACUGCUGCCUUCUUAAAUUUUUCUCAAUAGUAGUUUCCUAAUUAUUUAGAUUUGUGUUAAACAUUUUGUGUUCUUUACAAAGAGUACAUACAUCAAACUCCAUUGUAGGAAGAUAAUUUACAUAACUAGGACCAUCUAAGUAAUCAGUAGAGCCCAGUAUAUGCAAAUGUAAUUUUUUGUUUAUUUUAACAUUAAUGCAUGAAAACAACAUUUUGAAACUAACUGCAUAUUACUGUGUU